AUGGCACAUGACCUGCUCCAUGCAGCGCUCGUGAUCUUUCGACUUAAUGCGCUUCUGCUGGCGCUGGCAUCUGCCUACCACAUCCGCCUGUUUGCAGUGCAGAACUUUGGGCGGGUGAUCCACGAGUUUGAUCCCUGGUUCCAUUAUCGGGCCACUGAGUACCUUGCGGCCAACGGCGCAGCAUCAUUCUUUCGAUGGUAUGACAGUCAAGUGUGGUACCCAUUGGGACGACCCGUCGGCACCACCAUCUACCCUGGCAUGCAGUUUAUGGCUGUUUGGAUCUGGCGCUGCCUGAUCUUUGCGGGCCAGGAGAUGACGCUUCAUGAUGUCUGUGUGUUCAUGCCCGCCUGGUUUGGGGUUGCCUCUACGAUUUUUCUGGGCCUGCUCACCUACCAGUGCACAAGGUCGGUCGAUGCGGCAGUUUGCGCCGCCUUCAUCGUCGCAAUCAUCCCCGCCAAUCUUGUCCGAUCGGUAGCUGGUGGAUUCGACAACGAGUGCGUUGCCAUCACCUUCAUGAACGCCACCUUCUACUUCUGGUGCCGAGCAUUGCAGGGGGCGAGCGCUGCGUGGGGAGUCGCGGCAGGCCUGGCCUACUUCGGCAUGGUGGCUUCCUGGGGAGGCUAUGUUUUUGUGAUCAACAUCCUUGGCUUACACGCAGGCCUCUUGUCCCUGUGGGACUUCUCGGCUCGGCUGCACUGUGCUUACACCACACUCUUUCUGGUGGGCACGGGCUUGGCAGUGCAGAUCCCUGUGGUCGGCUGGACACCUCUGAGGAGCCUGGAGCAGACCGGGCCCCUCCUCGUCUUCCUCUACCUCCAGGUCCUGAAGUGCCUCAGCGUCUGGCGAAGGAGAUCGAAGCUGCGUGACGAGGAGUUCCGUCGCUUGCGCUUUCAGGUCCUCCUUGCUGUCGGUGCUUUGGCAGCGCUGCUGGCAUCUGUCCUUCUCAAGUGGGGCUACGUGGCACCCCUCUCCAGCCGAGUGCGGGGCCUCUUCGUGAAGCACCGUACUGGGAAUCCGCUGGUAGACUCGGUAGCCGAGCACCAGGCAACGAGCCCCCGAGCCUACUGGCAGUUUCUGCACCACAUGUGCAGCAUGGCGCCUUUGGGCUUCGUCGUUUGCCUGGCCGGCCUCAACGACGUCAAGGCCUUUCUCAUCAUCUACGGUGCUGUUACCUACUACUUCUCUUCCAAAAUGAACCGGCUGGUGCUGCUACUCGGGCCCAUUGCUGGAGCGCUAGGGGGAGUCGGCGUCGCCUGGGCUGCACGGUGGGCGCUGCGGCAGCUCGGCGUGCCUUGUGGCGACGGCCAGGGGGAAGGCGAGGAAGCCAAAGGCACAGAAGGCGCAGAAGGUGGGGCAGCCGAGGGAGUGCAAGGCUUCGGCGACUUCCGGGAGCUGCUUCGGGAGGCGGCGCAGCCCCUGCGCGAGGCCUACCGAGAGUCCAUCUGGCAGCGGAAGGCCACUGCGGUCCUGUUGAUGCUGAUGAUCCUGGCCUGUGGGUUUGAGUUUAUCAGCUACUGCUGGACAGUUGCGGAGCGCCUGUCGCAGCCCUCCAUCAUCAAGAAGCUGCGCCAGGGCGACGAGGAGGUGCUGGUGGAUGACUACCGAGAGGCUUAUUGGUGGCUGCGGGACCAGACCCCGCCGGAUGCCCGGGUCAUGGCUUGGUGGGACUAUGGCUACCAAAUCAAUGGGUUGGCCAAUCGCACCACCUUGGCAGAUGGGAACACCUGGAACCAUGAGCACAUCGCAUUGCUGGGCCGCUGCUUGACAGGUCCGGAGAAAGAGUCUCACGAGGUGAUCCGCCAUUUGGCAGAUUUCGUGCUCAUCUGGGGAGGCGGGGAUGAUGUUGCGAAGUCGCCGCACAUGGCGCGGAUCGCCAACUCGGUGUACGGCGACGUCUGCCCGGGCGACCCUCUGUGCAAGGCCUUCCACCUGGACCGGAAGACGAAGCUGCCCAGUGAGCAGAUGAACAACUCCCUGCUGUGGAAGCUGCAUUCACAUGGGCAGGUGGAGAACAUCCAGGUAGACGCGCGGCUCUUCGAGGAAGCGUACACGAGUCAACGUGGGCUGGUGCGCAUCUUCAAGGUGCUGAACGUGUCAGAGGAGUCCAAAGAGUGGGUGGCAGAUCCCCUGAAUUGGAACUGCGAUGCCCCAGGCAGCUGGCACUGCCGGGGACGGUACCCUCCGGGCAUCCGCCGAGUCUUGGACAAGCAGAAGGCCUUCCAGCAGUUGGAGGACUUCAACGUGAAGAGGGACCCGAAGGCUGAAGAGUACCAGAAGGCAUACAUGACGGCUUCCAGAAGAUGA